GAACUUCUAAAGCUAUUACACCACCGUUCAUAAAAGAGAAUGACGAAUUAGCUGGUAGUUUUGGUGAGGGCAUUCCUCAACUUACAUUUUCCCCACCGAAACCUUCACAGCAUCAUACUUCAUUUUCAAGAUAUAAACUUGAUUUCGAAGAAAUCGAGUUCCUUGGCAAAG